AUUUGCCAGUUCUGCUCGUAGCAUAGUGAUUCCAGCCGUUUUUCGUCAUGGUGCCAAUCGAUAGCGCCCUGUACAAGCGGUGAUUUUAAUUCGUUUCUGUCUGCGCUAGGUCUGUGUCUGCAGCAUAAAAGCUUAAAGGUUUUUGUCAGGAAAUACCCGGAACUUAAUCAUUGAAUGGAAAGGCACCCAGUCUGUCUCGCAGCCUCCUGUGGUAACAACGCCCGCAGUCACAAAGUGACAAGUGCAGCGAUUCGCUAAAGGUUAGCAUAGAAAGAGAACAACUUGUAGUCUUCCCCGGUUACGAUUGCUUCAGCCCGUGUAACUUCCAACACCCUCCGGUCUGGUUCGGGUGCGGAAAAUCUCGAACACACCACCACCACCACCGAUUAAUAGCCAACAUUGACUGGCAAAACAUACAUGGACCAUUCGGAGCACCACGACUACAGCCAGCACGCAAACAUGUCGAGCGGAGGUGCACAUGCAGGACACGCCGGUCAUACAACGGUCGAUCACAGCGCACACGAUCACACGAUGAUGGAUCAUGGAGCGCACGGUCAACAUCACGGUGCGGGUGCGGGUGGUCCGGCCGGCAUGGUACACCAUAUGAUGUCGAUGUCGUUUCACGGUGGCUACGAUGAGACGAUCCUUUUCGAACAGUGGAAAAUCGAUAGCCUGAGCGGGUUGCUUUGGUCGAUGUUACUCAUCUUUGUGAUGGCUGCGCUGUACGAGGGCUUGAAAUACUACCGGGAGCAUCUGUUCUGGCGAACGUACAAUGGGCUCCAGUAUCGCCCGGUCACGGUGACGGAGAAAAGCAACGGCAACGGUGUGGUGGCGGCCCCCGGCACAUCCGGGACCGCCGAACGGGGUGCUGGCGAUGGGCCUAAUGGAACCGGUGGCGGUAGCGGAGCGCUAAACGAGGAGGGUGACCGAAUCGUGCACAUGGUUGGUGAAGUGAUCCACAAGCAACCACCGACGAUGCUGUCGCUGAUGCACCUGUAUCAAACGCUACUGCACAUCCUCCAGGUCACGACGAGCUUCCUGCUGAUGCUAAUCUUCAUGACGUACAACACGUGGCUCUGUCUGGCGGUCGUCCUGGGUGCCGGUCUCGGCUAUUUCCUGUUCGGAUGGAAAAAGUCUGUUAUCGUCGACGUUACCGAACACUGUCACUAAAGCGAGAUGCGAAAGCACCGAAACAUAAGCACCUGGCAGUCGAUGGUGGACAAACCCCCGGUACACAUUCUGUACCCCUUUCGGAAGAGAUGGUGGGUUGGUCCGUUGUUUGGUAACACACACACUGUUAAGAUCGCUCUAUAUCGGUACACUUUGUUGACCGGGCAAUCCAUUUAAACCCCAUCGAUACGGCUUUCUCGUCGCUAGCGGGCUUACUAUGAAUCUAUGGUACUAUAUACAGUAACACAAAAGGGAAAAGAAGGAGUAAACAUCGAAAAAAGAAAAAAAAAGACAGUUGACGUUGGGUAGAGAUGUGCAACGCGGCAAAUGGC